AAAAAGACUCUCAUGUAACUACCACAAAAUAGAUAACUGAAAGUUCAAGGCUGGUUUCUCCACUGGGCUGCACACCUGCCUGUUCAGCGGCUCCUGGACUCCAUGAGUGCCAAAUUUAACAUGUAUUUUGCCUCAAACCGCCCGUAUUCCCGUGCUGUGUACAGCAAUUAGUGACACCUCCAUCCACCUAGUCAACCAAGUUAAAAACCUGAGUCAUCUCUGACCCUCUCUGUCCGUUCCUUCCUAUAUCCGACUGCUUGCCAGGUACUGCCCACGGAACAGCUUCCAGACCGACUUCCCUGCAUCUAAUCUCUCCCUUCUUCACCCCACUGCCAGAAUUCUCUUCUUAAAGCUCAGAUAUAUGUUACUACUUGCUCAAGAACCUUACACUUUUUCUCCCAUUUCCUAUGGGAAUAGUCUAACUCCCUAGGAUAGCACCCAAGGCUUUCCAUAAUGUGGCCCACUCCCCCACUGCUUCUGGUUUUGACGAUGCCCAGGAUUUAACUUGUAUUGGUCACUGAGUGAUCACACAGAGUGGUCAGUGCCACUGAAAGAAGUUUUAUUGCUCCCAAGGGAAGGGGCACAUCAUGCCAUGCAGGGCCACACAGGGAAGUACCAGGGUCAGUCAGGAGGCACAAGGAGCAAGGGGAGAAUAUGGCCCAGAACCUUUACUGUGGUUUCUGUGGGAAGAAAUGGGUGAGGCAGAGUAGGCAAGUCUGAACAAACUUAGGAGUGGAUAGUUUGAAUAAGGUUGGUCUCUUAGUUGUCCAGUUCUUGGCCCUGGGGUGAUUUAAGGCAGGGGAAAUAUUGGCUUGGUAUGUGGGAGUUAGAUAAAGGAAGUGGUUGGGAUAUGGGCUUUGGAUCAGUUGCUUUGUACAUGGCAGGCAGGUUCAUAGGCAAGUUGUUUGUUACUCUAGGAAUUAGCUCACCCUGGGAGGAACAGUUCCCUCGGGGCUGCAAGGCCCCAAGAUGUCAAAGCAUCAUAAAAUACACAACAUAAAAAACAUGGUUAACACACAUUCCUUUCCUAGGAACCCUCUGCUCACAGCUCUAGUCGCCCCAGAAAAUGUCCUUCUUUAUGAAAUAAGUGCUGUAGUGCCUCUCUCAACACUCUGCCACCACCCACGCCCCUGAGCCCCCAAGUCUGGUACCUGUAACAUGACCCCUUCCCUGUCCCUGUGGCACUGACACAGGCACCCAAUCUACAGAGUGGCUGGCCACCUAUGACCAAUGUGCCUGCCUCAAAGAGAUGAACUGGGCCGAUCAGAUUCCCUCUUUUAAGGAUUUAAAAUAAAAGCCACAAAAGGAGAUGGCCACUUGAUGUUAAGGUGAACCGGGGGGCCCUGAAGUAGACUCAGGGCCUUUGCAAGCCACGUGUGCUGUGCUCCACCCUUCCUGCCACUCUACACCUCCUCCAAAAUACUACAAAUAGUCCAUAAUAACUAUCUGGAGCUAGUGCUAGAGUUUUGUUUUGUUUUGAAUGUUUCUUUCAAGUACCAAGAUUAACAGAUAUUCACAGAGAUUGACAAACUGUAGUAAACAGGUCAGAACGGAUCAAGCCUGGGAGAGAGGGUGCAAUGAUCUUUUUUUAAGCCCCCAAACGUGUUGCAAAGUGUUUUAAAUUUCAUAUAAACGUUUAAAGGACCACAUAAAGACAAUCCAGUGCAAAUGCAUCUUGCAGUUUCAAAGGCAUUUCCAGCUGCUUUUUAAAGUUCUCACACUGGGCUACAGAGCUGCAAAAAAUCUCCAGGCGGAUCCACCUACUGCUCCCCCUCCCUUGGGUAGCGCUGAACCAAAUCCGCAGACUUUGUCGAUUGCUUCUGCCUGGGCAGAUCCGCCUGGAUCGACUGCUCUUGUCUGGCCCGUCCCCGGGCGCGGCAAAAGCGUUUGAAUCCAGCCUGGUGGCCGCAGCGACAUCCUCAACCCUCACAAUCCUGAGCGGCCUCAGCCGCCUCCUCUUUCUUUUACAUCCCUGACUCUCCCGAAUCACAAGAGUGGAAACGGAGAAGCUCAAGCCGCCGCCAUGUCCGAGGCUUAUUUCCGGGUGGAGUCGGGUGCGCUGGGGCCUGAGGAGAACUUUCUUUCCUUGGACGACAUCCUGAUGUCCCACGAGAAGCUCCCGGUGCGCACAGAGAUCCCUAUGCCGCGCCUCGGCACUUUCUUCCUAGACCGGAGCGGAGGGUCCGAGGCUGACAACGCAAUCCCUCAGGGCUCAAAGCUUGAACUCCCCUUGUGGCUGGCAAAAGGACUUUUUGACAACAAGCGCCGGAUCCUUUCUGUGGAACUUCCCAAAAUCUACCAGGAGGGUUGGAGGACCGUGUUCAGUGCAGAUGCCAACGUGGUGGACCUCCACAAAAUGGGGCCACAUUUCUACGGGUUCGGCUCCCAACUCCUGCAUUUUGACAGUCCAGAGAACACAGACAUCUCCCAGUCUCUCCUGCAGACGUUUGUUGGACGUUUCCGCCGCAUCAUGGACUCCUCCCAGAAUGCUUACAACGAAGACACUUCGGCGCUGGUAGCCAGGCUAGAUGAGAUGGAGAGAGGCUUGUUUCAAACAGGGCAGAAAGGACUGAAUGACUUUCAGAAUUGGGAGAAGGGGCAGGCCUCUCAGAUCACAGCUUCCAACCUGGUUCAGAACUACACGAAGAGAAAAUUCACUGACAUGGAAGACUGAAGGCCAGAAGAACACAGAAUUGCUCCCUGUAGACUUAUCCCUCUGUGUGUCCUUGAUAGGAGCCUAGUUGACCUUGUAUAGGGCCAGAAUCAUGUCCCAUCUUGUGACUUAUUCCCAGCAGCACUGUCGGGAGUGCUACCAUCUGGUGGGGAAACAACAUGCUGGAGGAUGUCCCUGGCCCUAUAAGUCUUCCAGGACUAUCCCACCUGCUGACCCACAGACCAGACCUACUUAGCCCAGGAACCCACAGCCAAAGAGAAACCAAAGUCCUUCAUAAAUAAGGAUCAUGAAUGCAUAUAUCGCAAUAGAGUUGGAACUGCGAUUCCUCGUGCCUGGGAGUUUGGACAGCCUUAGAUAUCCAGUUUCACUAGCUCCAAAGGACGGGUACAAAUGGGCCUUCCUAACCUGUUCACAAAAUGUCCUCUUGAGCUUAAUUGCCUCAUCUUCCUCAUGGUUGCACAAAGGACAGUACUCCCAGGAUGCUGGCUCUACUUGUAAAUAUCUCCUGCCACCUGCCUAUGGGGAGUCACCCAGUUUCAAAAAACAGUUGCCAAGAAUAAGGAAGGAGGGCUUCCCUGGUGGCACAGUGGUUGAGAGUCCGCCUGCCGAUGCAGGGGACACGGGUUCAUGCCCUGGUCUGGGAAGAUCGCACAUGCCGC